AUGGGGGCCAAGCCAGCGGAGAGGUACAAGGCUUUGUGCGCCGUCGUCAUCGACACGGGGACGGGCCACACCAGGAGCGGGCUGGCCGGGGACGAGCAGCCGCGGUCGGUGGUGCCCAGCCAGGCGGGGGGCGGCCCCGUCCUCACCCACGGCAUGGUCACCGACUGGGACGGACUGGAGGAGCUGUGGCACCGCGUCCUCUACCGGGAGCUGGGCGUCUGCCCCGAGGAGGUGGCGGUGCUGGCCACGGACGCCCCGCUCUCCCUGGCCGCCAACCGGGAGAAGGUGGCCGAGCUGCUCUUCGAGGGCUUUGGCGUGCCGGCCAUGCUGGUGCUGCCUCGCUCCCUGCUCGCCGCCUACUCCUACGGCCGCACCGCCGGCGUGGUGGUGGGCUGCGGCGCCGGCACCUCCUAUGCGGCGGGGGUACGGGAGGGCUACGCGCUGCCCCACGCCACCUUCCGCCUGGACGUGGCCGGGGACGCCCUCACGCUCUACCUGGGCCGGCUGCUGGGGUCCCGCGGGGUCCGCCUGGGCGCCGACCCCCUGCGCCGCUUGAAGGAGACCUGCUGCUGCGUCCUGCCGGGGGCCGGGGGGGCCCUGCCCCUCACCCCGCCUGGCGCCUCGGGGCUGCUCCAGGGGGACGAGCGGUUCCGCUGCCCCGAGGUGCUGCUGGCCCCCACCGCCCUGGGGCUGCCGGGGCCGGGGCUGCUGGAGCAGGCGGCCCGCAGCCUGCGCCGCUGCGGGGGCCCCCCCGGCCGCCCCCCACCCCGCCUGCUGCUGGCGGGGGGCACCACGCUGCUGCACGGCUUCCCCCGGCGCCUGGCCGCCGAGCUGGGGGUCCCCGCCGAGGCCGCCCCCCGCCGCCGUGCGGCCGCCUGGCUGGGCGGCUCGCUGGCCGCCUCCCUCGACGCCUUCCAGGGCGCAUGGGUGCCGCGGGACGCCUACGGUGAGGUCGGCCCCGCCGCCGUGCACCCCCGCUGCUGCUGA